CGCGGGCCGGGCAUGGAGCGGUGGGUCGGGGCCGCCGGGGGCUGGGAUUCGCUGUGGGGAGCCGGCUGGGGCCGAUGGCCGUGCUGGGAGCUCCUGGCCGCCUGCGCCGUCAUCGGCGCCGUGGGCUGGCUGCUGCGGCUGCGGGACAGGAGGCCGGGCGGCCGCCGGGCGGCGGCGGAGGCGGCCGCCAUCUCCUCCCCGACCCCCAUGGCGUCCCCGGCUCCCCGCUCCGGCCCGGCGCCGCUCGCCGCGGGGAGCCAGCGCUGCAGCGGGAGCCGCCCAGGUGAGAUAACAAUGGAUACAAUAUUAUCUCGAUUAAAGAAGCUCAGCCACGAUGAGCUUAGAGAAGAGAUUGUGAGAGCAGGACUGAAAUGUGGGCCCAUUACUGCAACUACGAGGUUUAUUUUUGAAAAAAAGUUGGCUCAGGCACUGUUGGAACAGCAAGGAGCACUGGAGGAGGAAGGGGCUGCUCUGUCAGAGGAGGCUGCUGGAAAUGGCCCAGUGAAUCACAGCAGCCAUGGAAGUGCUGCUGAGGAGGCAGACUUUGGGUACUGUGUGGGUCUGAACCCCCCAGAAGAAGAAGCUGUGACACACAUGAACUGCUCAGCUCCUGCCUGUGGUGCUGAUUCACAGAUCACUGCUCAGACACCGUCCAGAGAUCCUCCGCUAUUCUAUGGUGUUUGCCCAGUUUAUGAUGACAUACUGGCAAGGAAUGAGAGAAUACACGUUUAUGAAGAUAGGAAGGAGGCUCUCCAGGCUGUUAAGAUGAUUAAGGGUUCCCGUUUUAAAGCUUUUACAAACAGAGAGGAUGCUGAGAAAUUUGCUAAAGGAAUUUGUGAUUAUUUCCCAUCUCCAGGCAAGUCCUCUUUAUGUUUGUCUCCAGUGAAAAUGGGAUCAUUUAACAGAGAUGGUUUGUGCUCCCCUGAGAGCGAGACUGCCAACAAGGAGAGAGCCAACAGCUACAAAAGUCCACGGACUCAAGAUCUCACAGCGAAGCUUCGGAAAGCUGUUGAGAAAGGAGACACAGCAACGUUUUCAGACCUCAUUUGGAGUAACCCUCGUUACCUGAUCGGGUCAGGAGACAACCCAACAAUCGUACAGGAAGGGUGUAGGUACAAUGUCAUGCAUGUUGCUGCCAAGGAGAAUCAGCCUGCUAUCUGCCAGUUACUGCUGGACACUCUGGAAAAUCCGGAGUUUAUGCGGCUGAUGUACCCAGAUGAUAACGAUGUCAUGUUGAAGAAACGCAUCCAAUAUAUUGUUGACCUUUACCUGAACACUCCAGAUAAAAUGUGGUUUGAUACUCCAUUGCAUUUUGCCUGCAAGUUUGGGAAUUUGGAUGUGGUUAACGUGCUUACCUCACACCCAGCUAUUGUGAAAAAUCCAAGAAACAAAUAUGAUCAAACUCCAGCAGAAGUAGUUUGUGAAAGAAGCAAGAACAAGUCUGCCGAAUUGAAAGAAAAGAUCAAAGAGUACCUGAAAGGUCAAUAUUAUGUCCCACUGCUGAGAGCAGAAGACAAUUCCUCAGCUCCGGUCAUUGGGGCACCGUGGUCGCCCGACCAGACGGACGAUGGCCCUCAGAGAACUUGGCCUAAAUACCCUGGCAGCCCCAAAGACCCAGUGCUGUCCAUCAGAGCUUUUGCAGGCCCCAUGAGCCCCUCAAAGGCUGAAGAAUUUCGCAGGCUGUGGAAGACUCCACCUCGAGACAGAGCUGGCUUCUUUCACAAUGUCAGGAAAUCUGAUCUGGAGAGAGGUGUUGAAAGAGUUGGAAGGGAGUUAGCUCAUGAACUGGGGUUCCCGUGGGUUGAAUACUGGGAAUUUCUGGGCUGUUUUGUUGAUCUGUCUUCCCAGGAGGGGCUGCGAAAAUUAGAAGAGUACCUGAGUCAUUGUGAAAUGAGCGAAAAGGCUCAGCCAGAAACAGGGGAAAAUGAAACCUGCAACAGAUACAAAACUGCACAUCCCUCUGGCAAAAGUAAAAAGUCUUGCAAUUCCAUUUCUGUUGGAGCCUUUUUGGAUGAGGAUGAUGAUGACAUGAGCUUGGAAGAAAUUAAAAACAGACAAAAUGCAGCACGAAAUAUCAGCCCCAUUCUGGUGUCCAAGGAGCCCAGCAUUGAUGCCAUUGGAGAUGCUGAGUGUGAUAUCCUGUCCAUGGAGCGUGCAGGAAACAUCAUAGAGACCUCAGCUCACCCUCGGCACUACGAGAAGGGAGCUGCUGCCAGCAAAAAUGGGUUUUGCAGUCCUGUGUCCAGUGAAAGGAUCAUCAGUGACAGAAAGCAGCUGCAUGAUGGGUCAGAAUGCUUCAUGUCACCCAUUUCCAAUUUGAUGUCAGAAUUUAAAAGCCUGUCAUUCCAAGAACAAGAGGUUGCAGGAGUAUCUCGUAAAAUCACUGAAAAAACUGAGAAUGAGGGAAUUCUGGACAAGACCUGCUCUGCAGUGUCACUGGCAAGUUCUGAGCCAAGUGUUACAGGAAAACAUGGAGAGACAUUAAGGACAGACUACAAAAUAUCAUUAGAAAACGAGAGAGUGUCCAGAGAAUCUGGAAUUCAGACUAAGGAGGCACAACAACGUCAAGAACUUUCUUCCCAGAAGUUUCCUUCAAAGACUUCACCCACAAAUGACAAUUUAAAGUUAUUCCUUCUUGGGGAGCAGCCCUCAAAGCUGGAUGGUGAUGUCUUAGCAGCCAUAGAAGGGGCAGAGAUUGAUCCCCAGAAAUUCCCAAUGAUUUACAAAUGGAAACAUGCAGUGCAGUCCUACUCCUCAGCUGACAGGCAAAGUUGGCCAAGUCCAGCGUUGAAGGCAAGAUUCCAGUCCCAAUCCCAUCCAAACGCUUCAGUGUAUCCCAGUUCAGGAAGAAACAGUCCCAUACCAGGAAGUCCAGGAAAACACGGCAGCGCCUCGUUCCCUCCGGAGCCGGGGAGCCCCGGGCGCUACAGCCCCGCCUGUGUGCUGCGCUACUUUGCAGAGCCUCCUGCCCAUUAAACACAGCUCACCACCCCGGGACUUCAGUUCUGUUUUCAUUGUUAGAGUGGAGGAAGAACUGCAAUGUUACUAAGGUGACAUGAGGUUUGUACUUGGCUAUUUAUUUUUCCUCAAUUGAGGACAACUGUAUGUUUAAAAAAUGGAAUAUAUGUCUUUAUGCCAUAUGCAAGGUAGAUUAUUACUGGUGAUAAGCAAGAAGUUUGUGACAGUGCAGUUGUCCAGUAGCUGUAUUAACCCUUGUUGCCAGUACCACAGUGGGCUGAACUGUCCCUUAGCAAUGGUGGUAUUUGCUAUCACUACUUAUCCUCAUUGUAAUGAACACAGCCCUCAACUGCCUUUCUUGACCUUGGAUAGCCGAGGAAAUGCAUCAUCAGCAAAUAGAAUGGGAGAGGAGACUGAUGGCAGAAGUGAAACAUUGUUCUGCUUGCAGGGGGAAAAGCCUAAAGCAUGCCUGGGAAUGCAGGGAGACCUUUGCAGUGUGGAGUAGGGAUGUGAAACCCUGUGCAUAAAGCAGAGAGUGUUUCCAGCCAGCUGGGCUGGGCAGUUGAUUCCCACACCCACCCUCACCUGUCUGUCCGUGUGUGUGUGCACAGAUUUGCACAGAGACCCUCGAGUCUCUGCUUGUUCUGAGGCUGUUACAGACACUGAGAUCUACUGAGUGCUUUAGAAGCAGGCACUGUAGAAACUAUAUUGGGGUUCCUUUAACUGGUAGUGGAAGAUUUAAGGAAAAAAAAAAAAAACCUUAAAAAUUAUUUGGUUAUUUUUUCCCCAGAGAAGCUGUUAACACUAGCAGAUUUGAAUAGUUAAUACACAAAAGCACAUCAGCAAUAAUCUCAGCAAAUUUACCAGCAAGAUACCUUACCUUAAUGGUGUAGUUUGUAAUAUAUUAGCAUGGUAGCCAGUAGCCCAGGAGGUGGCUAUUUCCCAGCUGUAAAGAGAGGACUAAGGACAAAAUAUUUUUAUGAAAUCUGAGCUUUUACUGUGUCUCUAGUGUUGAUGUGGUAAUGAAAUGAGUUUUUGUUACAGCAGUCAAUAAUUUUAUUCUGCAGCCUUCUGUAAGAAUGACUUGUUGUGACAGCAUGAUGCUGAGAAUAAGAAAGAUUUUCAAAACUCCAGAGAGUUUUCCAUAUCAAGCCUAGUGCUUGUAAAAUUGCGUGAAAGGCUUCCAGAAACAGCUCUCUAGGUUAAAAAAAAAAAAAAAAAAAAAAAAAAAGGAAAAAAAAGAGAAAGAUGAUCUGUUACCUAUCUGUUAUCUCUCUGCUAUCUACUGUUAGAAGAUAAAUGUGAUCAGAAAAUGAAGCUCUGCAGGGCUGUGCUGGUGAGAAGGGAUGGAUUAGGAUGGGCUGGUGCCAGAGUCAGGAAAGCUGGCAGGGUUGGAAGGGCAGGGCACAGGCGGGACCUGCCCAGGGCCCCACCCCUCCGGGGCACUGCAGAGCCCGGCUGCACACUCGGCAGUGACUGUUCUACACAAACUGUGCACCCUCACAGCUUCGUGAUUGGUACAAACCUAAACACUGCACUUAAUGCUUUUGCAAGCUCAGUAGUGCCUUUUGUAAUAUAUUUUUUUAAUUAAAUUUUUUGUUCUUUUAGAAGUUUUUUAAAAAAAAGUGGCAUCCACUUACUAUGGGCAGAUAAAAUACAGUUUUUCUCUGGGCUUUCUGAACAGGAUGUCUUUUAAUGUCUCUAAGUUGGAUUAUUUGGUGCAGUAGCUCUCCAUGGGAGGAGAGACUCCUCUUUUAGAAAUUAUUUAAAAAAAAAAAAAAAGCUUACUUUGCUUUUUUUUUAAAUUGAGCCCAGUUCCAUAGAGCUGGACAUUAGGAAGAGCUACUUUACAUAAAUCCUUCUCAUUCAGUCAUAUUCCAGACAAGUACCAGGGGCCUGGGGGGUGUCAUACUUUAGGAAACAUGUUUAAAAAAAAAAAAACAGAAUCAAAAACAUAACUUUCUGUUACCAAGGUUCAUAGGUUUUGGUUUUAAUUUUUUAUUUUUAUGUAGCAGACUCCAUGGUCUCAAAAUAUUUCAACAUCUUACACACCUACGCUUUUACUCCAAAAGGUUUGAGAUUGGGUUGUUGGUUUGUUUUUUUUUUUUUUUUGGCUAGUUGGUUGGGUUUUUACAAAAACUUCGUGUAAAUUAGAUCUUUAUCUUUCUGGAGAAAUCAAUCAUCUGAUGUAAUUGCCUAAUACCAUGUUACUGCUGGGGUUGGUUGCUGUGGGUGCAGCUGCUGUUCUCCACCCUGGUCCCCUUUUGCUGAGAGUUUAUUACUGAGCCAGGAGACUGAUACUAACACUCUAGUUCUUUGUCCUUUUUACCUUUAUUAUGCUUUGCUUUAUUGUUUUAAUAUUUAAAUGUAUGUUACUGGUAUGUACAUGUAGCAUCACCCCCCACACCCACCCCUCUACCCACACACCCACCCCACCCUGCCUUUCACUUUGUAAUGUUGUUUUGGUUCAGUCAAGAGAGCAUUUUUUAACUGUGUUAUAUAAUGUGCAUUAGUCCUGUUGUACGGCACUUAAGAGGUCAUUUUUCUAACAAUGUGUUACUUCAGCUAUGACAAAAAAUAACAAUUUAUGCAGCAAUUUGAUCAUUUGUGAUUUUGUGAAGAAAGCCCUUCAACACUGAGCCUGUGGAGACACUUUAAAUCAGAGUGAUAGUGCUUGAAUUGUGUUUUCUUGGCCAAAAGUUCACUUUUAAAGGUGCAAAAAAUUAGUUGUGUUUUUGUUGGUUGUUUUUUAAUUAGCAAAGUGUCAUGUUAAAAAUACAGAAGUAUCCCACUUUCUAUUAAAAUGAAAUGAAUAGCUGAAAGUGUCACCCUGUGUUCAGUAUGGGACAUGGGCAGAAGGAGCUGGGCAGGGCAGGGCAGCUCACUCCUCUGUGUGUGAACAGUGACAGGGGACUACACCACCAAAGACUUCAAAGAAGAGUCUUACAGUGUUGAAGAGACAGAAACUCAGACUAUGGUAAAAAAGACGUAAUUUUAAAUUUCACACUUUACCUCCCCACCUUAAGUGUCACCAAAACUGUUGUUAAUUUCUGUACCUGUGCAAAGAGGUGUUGUGGUGUCUGGCUGCCCACCAAGAGCUUGUUCACUGACACAGGGGAUGUAGAGGGGGAUGUGUGUGAGAGGGUACACACAAAAAUAAAAAUCACAGAAUUUUCAUCUUA